CUCACUCCAACUCUGUUCCUGAUUUCGGUGCCCCUACAGGGUCUGAUGGGCUAUAAGGAGAGGCGUACGCGUCAGUGGCGUUACUACACACUGAGCGGGUCUCGUCUCCUCUCACCGGUCCGUGAGCCAGAGAAGCUCCACCAGUGGCUGGAGCUGGAGAGUUUUGUCAAUCCGAGUCAGGAGUGGCAUGAUGCCCACAUGAUCAUUGAGGGUGAUAUUGUGCCAGCAAAGGUGGUGAAUGUCUUCAAAGAGCAUCUGGAGGCAUCCAUAAAGACCUGCGGACUAACAAGUAAGGUGAGUAUGCUGGAAUCAGUUGGGUCAGUGGUGCGUGUUGCUGUGGAAACAUCAGAGGCACAAAUUGAGGUGGAAUUGGUUCCUACAGUGGAGCUAAUGAACUACUGGCCAAAGAGAGCUAGGUGGCCUCGGUUUUUUCGAAGAUGGCCCUCCACAGAGCGCACUCGUUGUAUUAAGUCGUUUGGAUUCAAUCUAAUGGCCACAUCAAACUACCACUGGCUGCUGUCAUUCUCACGGGCAGAGCAAGUGCUGUUGAGUAAUAUAGAUGAGGACGGCGGCUGCCGCAGGAAGUGUUAUCGGGUGGUCAGACAGCUCAAGGAGGAUGUCUGGUGUCCUGGAAGCAAACCUGUCAUCACUGCCUACCACCUACAGACACUGCUUUUCUGGACAUGUGAGAAGUACCCCUGCACCAGGGACUGGAGAGACUUCAGAGGAUGUGUAUUACGGCUGGUGCAAAAGCUACAUAAGUGUGUUAGCCAGCAUUAUCUCCGGCAUUACUUUGUACGAUCCCACAACCUCCUGAAAUACAGCAAUACUAAUGAGCUUGAUGACGUGGCAAAGAAGAUCAAUAAUUUCCUGGACAACCCCGGAACAUACGUUCAUUAGAAGCUUACUCUAUGGGUUAGAUGGCAUAGAUUUUUGUUAGCUGUGCUCUGUUCUGACUGCAUCAUAUUGAUGAGAUGAUCAUGGUAAUAGGCUGUGGUUGGCUAAGUAAGUAUGCGUGUAUUUCCUUCUUAUGUCUCUCUGAUCCUGAAAUUUUCACCAGAAUUAUGAUGUCAUUUUUUUUUUUUUUACUGUAGGCCAACUUUGUUGAAUAAUUGACAU